AUGACGGCGGGUGAAGACCCCACGGGCAGAACCAGCGCUUCACCACCGCCCCAGCCCGCCGCGACCGACGACAUCCAUUCCUCCACUACGUCGUCCUCCACCACAACUCCGAUCACCGCUUCCUUCCAUCACCAUCAAAUCCGCUCCUCCUUCCCUGAUUGUCAAUCAGUCCGCGGUCACGAGGGCUUUGUGCAGCCCUCUUCUUACCUUCGUCCCCGAGGUCUUUCGCAUCCAAUGGCCCCUGCCCAGCCCGAGAGGGCGAUCGAUCGGGAAGAACGUCAGGGUCUAGUGAGUCUUUCUCUCUUUUCUUUUCUUUCCUUUGCUUUUUUUUUCUGGACUUCUUCUUUAUUUCCUGCUCUACGCGCCUUGCUUCGUCGCGCGUUCCUGUUUGAUUACUGCUAUUUUUAUCUAUCUGUAUUUUCUUUUUCCCGAGUAUCCUUGCAUCUUCCCUCCCCCCUCCAUGCCCCUCAUCUUGUCCUAUGGUCGUGUCGCGGGCUACGAUUCUCCUCCGCGUCCACUCACUCGUCAACGUCGCAUGGGAUUCUCGAAUCCAGGGCAAAUUAA